GAAAGUUAAAUGUGUACUCAAAAUCAAAGUAUCAACGUUCAGGGGUAGAUCUAGUAUCAACCUUAGGAGUAAAAGAAAUGGCAGUGUCAGGACGCAAGUUAUCAGAUUUUCAAAGCUCAAUAUCUCUAGGAUCAGCAGAGGACUUUGACCACAGUUGUCAGCCUUGUCUUACCAUUGGACAACAUGUAGGAGCUCACGGAUUUUGUGUGGAAUGCCAAGAAUAUCUAUGCAAAAAUUGCUUUGAGUGUCACAAGAGGACAAAGGCAUCAAGGAAUCACCAACUUCUUGAUAAAGACAACGUUGGUAAACAUGUUAUUACCAAUAAAGAUACAGAAGAAUGCACUGAAAAAUGUUCUGUGCAUAAAAAGGAAAUAAUUAAAUUUUUCUGUCCAACACACAAGGCGCUUGGCUGUAAUGACUGCGUCAUCUUGGAUCACAGGACAUGUAAGAUUGACUACAUACCUGACAAAUGUGCAGAUAUAGGAGACAGCAAGGAACACAUGGAUAUCAUGAAGAAAUUAAAAGAGAAAAUGAAAGAAGCAGAAGAUGUUUUAAAGAAAGCUGAAGUAAGGGUUAAAGAGAUGGAUAAAUGUCAUGCUGAUAUUAUCAAGGAUAUCCUUAUAUUUCGAAAAGAACUAAAUGAACGCCUAGAUCAACUACAGCUAGAUAUUCAGAAUGUUGAUGACAAAAAGAAAUCCAACGAUAAAAAAAUAAUUCAGAAGGUAAUUAAUGAAUGUGCCAGUAUUUCUACUGAAAUCAAAAAAUUGCAGUCAAGUCUUCAAGCUAAUAAAAAUGAACGACAAAACGGGCAACUUUACAUCAACAUUAAACGAGCUGAAUGCAAAAUAAAGUCUGAUGAAGUAAAGAAGGCAGCUGAACAUUUAGCAAAGCCAGAUAUGCAAUACACAUUUAAACGUAAUACUGAUUUUGAAAACAUGUUGUCUAAACACGACACAUUUGGGAAGUUAAGUCUCUCUUCUAGUCUGGUCUCUCCUGUGAAGAAGAACAUAUUUGAUACCUUAACACAUAAAGAAGAUAUGAAUAUAAGAACAAAGUCAGAUAAGUAUGGCUGCAUUAUCAGAGGAUGUGCUGUCUUGUCCUCUAACAAACUGGUGCUGGCUGAUAACCCGGAAGCUUAAAGUUGUAGACAUACAGAGUAAGGCUGUCAUAGAAGAGAAAGGACUUAACUCUGAACCAUGGGACAUUGCCGUCAUGCCUCCGGAUCAUAUUGCAGUAACGAUUUCAUAUAGGAGUCGGCCCAGUACAAUUUCUCCUUCUUUGCUGUAUAGUAAAACAAGCACUUUUGGACAUGGAUUGUGAAUUUCACAACAACAUUGCAGCAUUGACAGCUCUGUAUUUCUGAAGAGUAAUACUAUCCCAGUAAUAUAUCACAGAAAAACACCACCAUCAAAGAUGAACUUUUUUGCUACACAUCAAAGUAUCUAGUCCAUAAACAGCAUAAUAAACAUUCAAUUCCAUGUAAACAGCUAUCUCCUUACAAUUUGGUUUGUUAACAGAUGAUUGAAGUUAUAAUAACUGCUAUGUAAUGAAAAACUGUAGUCAAAUUACAAAAUGACUUUGUAAAAAUGAAAUACAUAAAGAUCUAAUAGAAAGGAUGAUUUUGCUUUAAUAUAUUUAAAUGUAUUUGGUUUAAUUUCUUGCAGCCUUUAAUGCUAUAUUUAGCUUUCCAAAAAUGUAUUCAGUGUGAUAUCUGCGAUUAAAUGAUUUCUGAAAUGCAAAACUGAACAUGUAUUUUGUUAAUCCUCACAUAUGUAUAAUAUUAAUCUGUAGUUUCUACCUUACACGUUGCACUCUUAUUUAGCAUUUUCCUCUUCAUCUUCUAAAAUGAAAUCUUUCCAAAGUUUGCAAAAUAUUGGUCUUGGUGUUGUGAAAAUGACCUUUGGUGUAAACCUUCUGAAAAAUAACAUACUGCGUUUAGUGACUUAUUUUAUUUAGAAAGUUCUUGAAUGAACAGAUAUCCGUGGUAGAGGUGGAGAAAAUAGAGAAGAAAUUCAAUGCAUGCCGAUGAAAAAUUAAAACGGAACGGUCACAGUUUUUGAUUUUCAAAUUUAGUUUUCUUUAAUAAAUUCUCAACAAGUAAAUGAAAUAGAAAUGGUGCUAUCACGACAGAUUUUAUGUAAAUUUACAUUUUACCUUUUAUGUGAAUUUUUAAGUGCGAAACUGAACGUCAAUUUUGUAACAUCAUUCUUUAAUGCUUUUCAAUCUUUCAAGUACAUUGUACUAGAAACGCAAGUUUUGCAGCAAAUUAGAGAUGAAUAACAAAGAAUACCUGGUUUCCUAUCUAUACGAAAUGUGGCGAAAUAGCCUUCAAGAAAAACCUUUAAUUCAUAAUUAGUUCUUUUAAAAGUAGACAAAAACACCUUCGUGUAUUAUGUUAUAUAUAACUUUAAUGAGAUUUUAUGAUUUGCAAGAUAACAUGAUCGUGUAUUACAUUUUAAUUGCCUUAUUAACCUGAAUACUUUCAAUGAUUAAAAUCUCUUGUUGUGUUUCAUUCCAUAAAUAGGGUUCUAUAUGAAUCUUAUUAUGAUGAUGUUAUUGACAUGAUCGCCACAAUACUGAAAACAAACUAUUUUAUUUGUAUAUAGACAAAAAAGCGCAAUUUGAUGCAGAUACGAAUAAAAUUUGGAUAUUUACGGACUGCAACGCUUCUCAUAUUGGGCGAAAAGUGAACGCAUGCAUCUAAGGGGAUCUUACAUACAUGUAUAUGCAUUUUGAAGCGCCUUCUCAGAUUUCUAUUGUGUGUCAUUUUACAAAUUUUACAGCGUGCAAUUUGUUAUUGUGUUUGAUUAUUAUGAUAUGCUUUAAUAAGAACGUUUGUAAACAGUUGCUGGAUUUUCAUUUGAAUGAACUGGCUCGAUGAAAAAGCAACAAGAAUGAGUGGCGUUUUCUAUGAUAUUUCAUAGCAUUUUUUAACUGCACAUGACAGUAUAUUUUCAAAUUAUGAAUUAUGUUUCCGUUCAGUAUGUAUUGAUUGGACUGAAUGUAGAAGUUAGUUAAGCGUACAUUUGCUGACAUAAGUAGACCUAUAAUGACAUUUGCUGACAUGAGUAAACCUUUAAUGACAUUUGCUGAUAUAAGUAGACCUAUAAUGAUAUUUGCUGACAUAAGUAGACCUAUAAUGACAUUUGCUGACAUAAGUAGACCUUUAAUGACAUUGCUGACAUAAGUACACCUAUAAAGACAUUAAGCAAUUUCUAGUAUCUCAUACUUUGAAAUAUUCGUUUCAAAUCUGCGAACAAACUCAACUUUUACUAUUGUCAACAGUAACAGUUGUUAACUGUUACUACUGUCAACAGUUGUACAUUUAACUCUUACAACUCUCAAGUAAGAACAGUUAAUUACUGAUACAAUUGCUAAAAGAUACAGCUGCUGCCAGCAGUAAUUUCAGGAAUUAACUGCUUCAAUCUAAUGUCAGCAUUUACAAGAUCCAACUACUACUGCUGCCAAACGUUAUUACUGUUAACUGCAACCUCUGCCAACAGUCACACAAUUUAACUACUACUGCUGCCAACCGUUACAGCAGUAAUUUGCAACUACUGCCAACAGUAACAACAAUUACUUGCUAUAUUGCCAGCAGUUACAUUAGUUAACUGCUUCUUCUGCAAAUCAUGCUACUACUUCCAAUAGUUACAGCAGUGAAUUACUAUUACUCCCCGCAGUUUCAGUAGUUUCUCAACCAUUAUAAUAGUUUACUGCUACUACUGUCAACAGUUAUGAUAGUUUAAUGCUACUAUUGUCAACAGUUAAAGAAGAUUACUGCUACUACUGCAAACAACUAAAGUAGUUUACUGCUACUACUGUUAAUAGUUACAGUUGUUUACUGCUACUACUGCCAACAGUUACAAUAGUUUACUGCUACUACUGUUAACAGUUAUAAUAGUUUACUGCUACUCUUUUUAACAAGCACAGAAUAUUACUGCUACUACUGCAACAGUUAAAGUACAAAAAAUGUAGUUUACUGCUACUACUUCCACAGUUAAAAUAGUUUACUGCUACCACUUCCAACAGUAACAUUUGUUAACUGCUACAACUGCCAACAGUUACAGUAGUUUACUUUGAGUACUGUCAACAGUUACAGUAGAUUACUACUAUUAUUUUUAACAGUUACAGUAGAAUACUGCACCUAAUUUCUCGGAAAAUCAUUUAGACGAGGUCGGCGUUUUAUCUCCUCAAAUUUUAAUAUGUUCUCAGUGUAACAGCAGUUCCCUUUUCAUACUCAAAUCCGUAUGCAUCUUGUUGUAAUUGCGUGACUUGUGCUGUCACUUGGUUAUGCGAAUGAAAUAGAAGUUUGUUUUCAUGUCAUCUGUAAACAUCACAACGACAAAAUUUGUGCAGAAUAAAACAGACUUUUGCUUAAAAUGUCAUAAAUUUAUGUUACUCUAUAGACAUCAAAAUUAAUUACACCAAUCACUGUAACUGAAAACAUUUUAGUAAAUAUCUCAUUUAAAUACUUUCAGGGCAAAUAUUUUUUAAAUAUAUAAACGUCACACAAAUACUAGCAUGCUCACACUAAAACCUGGAAUAUAUCAUAUGAAUUACCUUUGUGACAGUAUUUUUUUUCAAUCAUAUUUGUAUUCUUUCUGUGACACCGUCCGUUCAUUUGUUUGUAAUGUGAAAAGCGGAAAAGACGUUAUCAAAGAGUGCGUGCAGUUUGCACGCCGUAAAUAUUACCAAAAACAGAAGAUACAAAUGCACAACAAUUUCGACCGUGCUUAUUCAUUGUGUUUAUUUUUACUCAAUUUUGUCAAUAAACAUUCUUAAAUCCAUUUUUUUAGAAAAAAAUACACAUUAAACUUGGUAACUCUUUUUGUUUUCAGCAACCUGUGCUACGUUGUAUGACGUUGGGCAAAAAAGUCAAAAGUGCCGGUCAUGUUGAUCAUUUAAUUUCAGAACCAAAGUUCAUUACGAUAUCCGCAUGGAGCAAUCAUGUUUAUAUUUGGCAUGAAUGUUAACCCUAGCGAUACAGAGUGUAACACUCAAACCUUAGGUUUUUAUCUCAAAAGUCAAAGUCACAGUUGGAGGUCAAAGUGAUGUCAGAAUUUGUCCGGCCUAUAACUUUGACAUGAAUAGGGGAAUCUUAUUUAUACUUGCCAUGGAUGUUUAAAUCAAUAAGACGGAGUGCCAUCUGCAAAACCAAGGUUCUUGUCUCAAAGGUCAAGGUCACAGGUGUCACAGGGCAUAAGCGACAUGUUGCCCGAGGGCAUCUAGAUAAGGAGACUGAUUGCAAUGCAAAUCUAGGUUAUCCAUGCAGAGUUCUGGCUGCCAUUGCAGCCAAAAAGGAAAAACUUUAAAAAUCUGCUCCAUAUAAACUGCCGGUCUGAUUUUCGAAUUCUUUUUCUCUAGAGCUUUGAUAUUUGGCAUGAGAUGUAAGGGUUCGACUCUUUACCAUAAUUGUCCCAAUUAUUGCCCUAAGGUCAAAUAUGUCCACGCCACUAUGUGUGACAUGUACUUGCUAUAGGCUUAAGUUAUAUAUAAGAAAUUUUGAAAACCUUCUUCUCUGAAUCAAUAACAGCUUGAACCUUGAUAACAGAGUUGUACUGUCUACCGUCAUUGUUCAAAUUAUUACCCUAGGUUUAAAAAUAUAUGUGACAUGUAUAUAUUAUAGGCUAACAGAAGAAACUCAACUCUGUACUUGUGCCAUUAUAUAAACACUUGUACACAGGUGAGCGCUUUAGGGCCAAUAACACUCUUGCAACUACUGAAUGAUAUAUACACUUCCAGUGUAAGGUGGUGCAGAGAAUAAAUUAUAUCUUUUUUCUUGUAUAUAUUUUGUUCUUUUUUUCUUCUUCAAUUAAUUGUUUUUAACAAAUAUUAAAAUGAUAAUGUGCACUUCAGUUUAUGUUUUUACUUUUUAUGGUGUUACAGAAAUGGAUAACUUACAAAAUAAAAAAACUUCAGGCUUUCACGGAAACUACACAUUGAGACUAUGAUAAUUUUUACCUUCAAAAUGGAUCUCAUACCACAAAGAAAAAACUUGAUGUUUCAUUUUCUAUUGUGUUGUGACAAAUAUAGAGACAUAAGACGUAAAUAUCUGGGCAAUGUUUCUUGGCCCUCUUUUAAUAAAUUUGUUUCUGUUAUGUCAGGUAUGAGAAAGAAAAUCUCUUAAACAUCUGUAAAUUUAUAACAGAAGGUAUGCUUCAACGCAACAAUACCCUGUCAAAUAUUACUGUUUCCUAGUAAAAGUAUUGUUAUUUAUGUAUACAUGUAUAUAUUGUUAUGAUUUUGUAAAAUUGUGUCUUUGCCAUAUUUCUAUUACUAUGUAAAUGGCCAAAGGCAAGUAAUUUGCUGAUUUGCCAAUAAAAUUUGAACUUGAA